AUGAGCUCCACAGCGACUGUUACCGAGACUGUGCCGGAAACGGUGGCGAUUACCGCCGAGAAUGUCGCAACUCUUUUCCCUGACGUUGACACUUCUCUUGCCCGCUCGAUUCUCCCCGCGACGGGGGGUGGCUCCACGCAUGAGGGCAGUGAACUUGAAGGAUACGAUGAGGAGCAGCAUCCGCUUGGUAUUGCCGGAGAGACCGGUGCAGAGCUGUCCGCUGCAAUCGAAGGCGUCAAGAGAGCCGCCCAACGAAAGUUGGAACAGGAAUUAGGGAUCAAAGCAGAGCAGGUGCCCAUUGACAAGUUUGAGUUUUUGACACGAAUUCACUACCUUGCUCCUAGUGAUGGAAAAUGGGGAGAACACGAAGUCGACUACAUUCUGUUCAUUCAGGCCGAUGUCGAUGUCAACCCCAACCCAAAUGAAGUCCAGGAUACCAAGUACGUGACAUCAGACGAACUCAAGAGCAUGUUUUCCGAUCCGGCCCUCAAAUUCACUCCGUGGUUCAAACUAAUUUGCAACUCGAUGCUUUUCGAAUGGUGGAGUCACUUUGGCAGUGCCACUUUCAACAAAUACAAAGGGGAACAAGACAUUCGUCGCAUGUGA